ACACCCACUGUCUCGCUGCUUUCUAUUUUGCUCGAAAAAUAAACAUUUCUAAAACAGCUCGAACAGCUGUCAUGCGUAUUGCAUACCCCACGGCUGUUAUGACACCUAUGACGCUUUGAAACGACUGUUUUCUGUAUUAUGCAUUCUGUAUGAUGCAAUUUUAUCUGCAAAACAUCAUUCUUCGAUAUACGUCGAUCGGUAAACAAUUAACUACUUUUGUGCUGAGAAAAACAGUGCAGAUGGAGAAAAAUCUUUCCAACUCAACAAGUAUUUCCAAAGGGUGCAAUAUGGAAAUGGAAAAAUGUGCAGCGAGUUCAACAGCGGACGGAGAUGCACCAUCCACCAUGAGCAAUCGGAACGUGUUGCUGAAAACACCGAAGGGUACGCGAGACCACGGUCCAAAAGCGAUGGCUAUUCGACAACGAUUACUGAACCAGAUAAUUGGUGUAUUCCGAAAACAUGGUGCCGAAACGAUUGAUACUCCUGUCUUCGAGCUAAAAGCGGUGCUUACGGGCAAGUACGGUGAGAAUGCGAAGCUAAUCUACGAUCUAAAAGAUCAGGGCGGAGAGCUGCUCGCCUUGCGGUACGAUCUAACCGUUCCAUUUGCUCGGUACGUCAGUAUGAGUAACAUUUCCACCAUCAAACGGUACCACAUCGCGAAGGUUUAUCGGCGGGAUAAUCCGCAGAUGAUGCGUGGUCGCUACAGGGAAUUCUACCAGUGUGACUUUGACAUCGCCGGCCCGUACGAUCCGAUGCUAUCAGAUGCCGAAUGUGUCAAGGUUGUGUGCGAAAUCCUGCACGAAGUCGAUGUCGGAGAGUUUAUAGUCAAACUAAACCACCGGAAACUAUUGGACGGAAUAUUUCAGUUGUGUGGAGUACCGAUGGAAAAGUUCCGUAAUGUGUGCUCUUCUAUCGACAAGCUCGACAAGACACCGUAGAACGAGGUGAGACGAGAGUUGAUCGAGCAGAAAGGCGUGAAUGAGGAAACGGUUGAUCGGAUUGCAUCGUACGUAACACUGCACGGUGGUCUAGAAUUGGUUAACCAGUUAUCGGAAGACGAGCAACUGAAACGAAUUUCAAAGGCGUGUGAAGCUUUAAACGAUUUGCGUUUAUUAUUUCAAUACUGCGAGAUCUUUCAGGUGGAAAACAGGAUCUCGUUCGAUCUUAGCUUGGCUCGUGGGCUUGAUUAUUACACGGGAGUUAUAUUCGAGGCAGUACUGCUUAGCAACGAUGAUAAAGAAUUGUCCGUUAGUUCAGUCGCUGGUGGUGGACGUUAUGACAACUUGGUGGGAAUGUUUAAUCCCAAGAGGAAGCAUAAGGUCCCAUGCGUGGGUGUGUCUAUCGGUGUGGAACGUUUGUUUUCCAUCGUGGAAGCACGUUCGAUCGCUACCAUGCGCACCACCGAGACGGAGGUGUAUGUAGCAUCGGUACACAAGGGACUGCAUCUUAAGCGA